AUGGCAGAAAAUAUUCAAUCUAAUACCUCUGGUGUUGUUGAUGACGAAAAUUGUAAAGUUUGGGGUACAGAUCAACCACGAAAACAAAAAAAGAAAAUUUAUAGUUGGGAAAUUAUAAAAAAGGCACAAGUAAGCGGGCUAGAGCACAAAACACAUAAGAGAGACAAAGUCGUUACAGCCAGAGCAAUAGAAACUGACUGUAGAUGCAAGCGUUAUAGAUGUUUCCAGAUUACAACACAAGAACGGCGUUCCGAGUUGCUUAACAUGUUUGAUGGUAUAAAGUCAAAAGUUGAACAGGUUUCAUACUUAUCUGGACUUGUUAGCGUAAUACCUGUCCAGAGGCGUCGCAGCCGAAUUGAUCCAAAUAUAAACAGAACUGGUCCACCACAUAUAGCCUCCAGAAGAAUGGAACGACCUUAUACGACAGACAAAAUGUAA